AUUUUGGGGGGGAGCAAGCGAGAGCGGCGGCAGAGGAGGAGGAGGAGGAGGAGGAGGAGGAGGAGGAGGAGGAGGAAGGCUCGGCCGCCGCCGUGCCCUGCCCUGCCCCGCCGCCGCCCGCGGGGGAGGCACGGACCCCCCGGCGCUCUCGGCCGCGGCUGGAGCCGGCCCGGCGGGGAGUCCCGGGGAGCCAGCGGCCGCGGGCGCGGAGCGAGCCUCAGAUGCGUCUGUCACACAACCCCGGCCGAGCUAUUUAAAGUAACGGGCCUCGCCGGACUUUUGUCUCUGCCUAUUUAUGAGUCCCCGGGAGCUGGCAGGCGCCGCCGGGCAGCGCUAGGAGCCGAGCCCGCAGCGCCGAGCCGGGGCCGGCGGGGGCCCGCCCGGAGCAUGACGGCGAUCCGGGCGCUCCUGCUCUGCUCCUGCCUGGGGCUGCUGCUGCGCCCGGGGGGCGGGCAGCCCUUCCUGCGGCUGAGACCCUCGCCCAGCGACAACCUGCCCGUCAAAGACAUCGUGGAGCACCCGGAUCCCGAGUACGACCCCAAGGAGCAGGACCUGGACGAGAGGACUCUGAGGAAGAAGCUGGGCAGCCAUUUCGACCCCGGUUUCAUGGCCGUGGCCGUGCCGGGGCCGGCCAACGCCUCGGGCGCCGAGGCGGCGGCGGGGCGGGGGCGGGCGGCGCUGCCCGCCGAGCUGCGGCGGCUGGAGCUGGGCCCCCCCCAGGGACCGCGCCUGAGGGUGGGCAAGAAGGCGCGGAGGAAGGUGCUGCAGUGGCUCUGGGCGUACACCUACUGCCCCGUCCUCUACACCUGGAAGGACCUGGGCGUCCGCUUCUGGCCCCGCUACAUCAAGGAGGGCAACUGCCUGGCCGAGAAGUCCUGCUCGCUGCCCGAGGGCAUGUUCUGCAAGCCCGUCAAGUCGGUCACCAAGACCUUCCUGCGCUGGCACUGCCAGGGCUGGUCCAGCCAGAAGUACUGCACCUGGAUCCCCGUGCAGUACCCGCUCAUCUCCGAGUGCAAGUGCUCCUGCUAACGCCCCGGCCUUGCGCUGCCGCCGCCUCGCCUUUGGAGCAUUUCGGGGGGUUGGGGGGUUAUUUUUCCACGUCCCCACCCCCCCCCACCCCCCAGCGCGGGGUUUGGGGGGGGGGGGGGGGAGGAACCGGGAUUUAUUUUUAUCUUUUGUUUUGUUUUUUGGUUUUUGGUUUUUUUUUUUUUUGGACUUAUUUUAAUGUUAUUUUAUUUGAGAGGGGAAAAGCGAACCCAGGAACUGCAGGGCAGGCCAAAGGCACAGUAAAGCACUACAAUCAGAUGUCUAUUUUUAUACGUAUAUAGCCUUCUAACAAAAGGAAAAUAAAAAACUAAAAAAGAAAAAAAAAGAAAAAAAAAAGAAAAAAUUACCAGCAGUGUAAAUAGAGAGAUUUUAAAGGAAAGGGGGGAAAUUGCAGCUGUUUUUUUUAUUAUUAUUAUAAUUAUUAUUGUUAUUAUUAUUAUUUUAAAGACAUAGGACCACAUUUUAAAACCAUCCCCACAGAACCUGAGCACUUCCCUGCUGAAGGGAAGGGCAGAAAUUUCCCGUACAGAUGAUUUUAUCAAAAGGAGAAGGGGAGGGGGGCGGGUAAAAAAAAAAAAAAAAAAAAGAAAGGAGAAGAAAGAACGGCAGCAUCCCCGAAGAUGGUUGUUUCUCUGUGCUGUAUUUUUUUUUUGUCUUCUUCAGACCUUGUCACUGAUGUUUGAACUAAUUUGCCAAGCUCUCUAGGGUUUGUUUUUUUUUUAAAGUGUAUAACAAUUAAUUAAGGAGGAAAUUUUAAUGAAAAGUACAAAUCUAUGAAAGAGUGGAAUCGUUUUGUUGUGUGGGAAUACAUAUAGUCAUGUAGAGAUGUUAAAGGAAAUUUUCUGUGUACAGUUUAUUUAUUUUUAACGUUUGUGUAUAGGAAAAAAAGCUAGAGAUUAUGCCAGAAA